CUAGACAACAUAUAGCAUACAUAUAUUGCUCUUUUGUAUACUUAAAUGUCAAGGCAGUUCAUCAAAAGGUUUUAAAUUUAUUACUUGUUCAUCAACAUGUGACGAUAUUUAUCUAAUUUUUCGUUGUUAAAUAAUAAUUUGUUAUCGAAAUGAAAAUAGAAUGUGAAAAAAUGUUUUUACGUGAAUAUAAACUACUGUGGAGACGAUCCAAGUCCGCAAGGACUAACCUAAAAGAGUCAUGUUGUUUGAGUUUAUUCAAAAUUAAAAUAUUGAAAAAAAAUUAAAACUUUAGUAUGUAAUGAUAAUAAAUGUGAUGUUUUUUAAUAUUUUUGAUUAGUGAAGACAGCCUUAUUCAAUACUAUAUACUUUAUAAUUGUAAAAAAAAAUUAAAUAUAACAUGCUAAUGUUAAGUCACUAGAUCCAGGCUUAUAUUAUUGGUGAAUUAUAUUAAAAAUAAUGACGACAUUCAAAUCGUGAUCGCAAUUGGCUAUGAAGCAAUAUUUAAAGAGAUACAAGAGUUUAAAAUACGUAAUUGCAGUAAGUGCAUAUACGUAUAGAAAAAGAAUAUUACAAGAGGUAUUUUGGAGCAUCAAAAAGUCAAAUACUUUGGAAACUACUGAAUAUUCUGCUCCGAUUUAUCAAAGCAAUAUCCUGCAAUGGAGUCAAUUCUUCUCUAGAAUAAUCCAAUUGUCAUAUAUUAUAUCUACACAUAGAAAUAUAUAUACAGAGAAUAAUGUUGGCAAUUAUUUUGUAUAAGAGUUGCAAUGCAUUUUGAAUGUAGCAAAGUGACUUUUAUAAUCAAGAGACGAUAUUUUAAAUUAAAUGUAAUCGUGUAUGUGUAAAUUAGAAGAAUCAAUUACUUAAAAAAACUACAAAAUGCAGGCCAAAAAACGUUAUCUAUUAUUAUUUGUCACAUGUGCGUUUCUUGGGUACUGCUAUUUUGGUGGUUAUAGAUUAAAAAGUAGAAAUAUUGAUGAAAUAAUACAUUACUCUUGGGAAAAAUUGCCAUCCUAUUUGACUAUAAAUGAAGAAUUUUAUGAUAAAGAUUUAAGAUUAUCUAACGGUAAAUCUUUAAUAAUAAAUCCACAUAAACAAUGUCGGAUGGAUACUUGUUUUGAUUACACAAAGUGUAGAAAAGGAUUUACUGUUUAUGUAUAUCCAGUUGAGGAUGCUAUAAGUCCAUUAUACCAAAAAAUAUUAAAUGUUAUCACUGAAUCUCGUUAUUACACGUCAGAUCCAUCACGUGCAUGUUUAUUUGUAUUGGCAUUGGACACCUUAGAUCGAGAUCCAUUAUCAACAGAAUUUAUUCAUAAUCUACCUUCAAAAUUACUACGCUUACCUUAUUGGAAUGAAGGUAGAAAUCAUCUCAUUUUCAAUCUAUACUCUGGAACUUGGCCCGAUUAUGUUGAAGAUGCGUUAGCUUUUAAUAUUGGUUAUGCAAUGUUAGCUAAAGCAAGUAUGUCUAUAAGUAUUCUUCGGUCAAAUUUUGAUGUUUCUAUUCCUCUUUUUGGAAAACAACAUCCUGAACGAGGUGGAGAACCUGGUCAAGCACCUGAGAAUAAUUUUCCUAGCAAUAAAAAAUAUUUAGCAGCAUUUAAAGGGAAACGAUAUGUACAUGGAAUUGGUUCAGAAACAAGAAAUGCUCUUUAUCAUCUUCAUAAUGGUAAAGAUCUUGUUUUUGUCACCACUUGUCGACAUGGCAAAGCCUGGAGAGAGCUUCAAGAUGAACAUUGUCAACAAGAUAAUCAAGAAUAUGACACGUAUGAUUACGAAGUGUUGUUGUUGAAUUCAACCUUUUGUUUAGUUCCGAGAGGACGUAGGCUUGGUAGUUUUCGAUUUUUAGAAGCUCUCAAAGCCGGAUGUAUUCCUGUUAUAUUAAGUAAUGGAUGGGCACUACCAUUUCAUGAUCGUAUUGACUGGAAUCAAGCAGUUAUAUUUACAGACGAAAGAUUGUUGUUUCAGAUUCCUGAUAUUCUGCGUUCCAUUCCAAAUACACAAAUUUUGAAAUUGAGACAACAAACCCAAUUUUUAUGGGAAAGAUAUUUUUCUUCUAUUGAAAAGAUUAUUUUUACGGUCUUUGAGAGUAUUCGCGAACGCUUACCGUGGGAAGGUGCACGUGAAAAACUUUUAUGGAAUACAUAUCCUGGUGCAUUGGCAAUUCUACCACAGUUUGCAGAUAGUCAGCAAGAGCUUCCGUUUUCAAAUAAUGAACCAGGCAAUGCAUUUACUGCCAUUAUUUACUCACAGUUAGGGUCCACUGCUGUUCUUUAUCGUCUACUUCGAAGCGUUGCCAAGAGUAAAUAUUUAGAUAAGAUAAUUUUACUGUGGAAUUCUGAUAUUCCUAUACCAAGACGACCACGUUGGCAAGGCAUCAAAGUAACGAUUAAUGUGAUAGUUGCUAGUAGUAUAUCCCAACGUUUCUAUCCUUAUUCUCAAAUACAAACCAGUGCCAUAUUAUCAUUGGAUGAAGAUGUUACUCUCAAUACUGAUGAAAUUGAUUUUGCCUUUGUCGUAUGGCAAUCAUUUCCCGAUCGAAUUGUUGGAUAUCCAGCUAGAUCUCAUUACUGGGAUGAUUCCAAGCGAUCUUGGGGUUACACUAGUAAAUGGACAAAUGACUACAGUAUUGUUUUAACUGGAGCAGCUUUUUAUCAUCGUUACUAUAAUAGUUUAUAUACUGAAUCGUUAAGUUCGACGUUACAUAAAACUGUUGAACAGUCCCAAAAUUGUGAAGAUAUACUCAUGAAUUUUUUGGUGAGCCACGUUACUCGACGACCACCGAUUAAAAUUACUCAACGUAAACUUUAUAAGGAUACUACGGCAGCUGGAAUUAGAUCCUCAUGGAAUGAUCCAGAUCAUUUCACACAACGGCAAACUUGCAUGAAUACUUUUGUGGCUGUGUUUGGUUACAUGCCUUUGUUGCGGUCCAACAUGAGACUAGAUCCUGUAUUAUUCAAAGACCCAGUCAGCAAUUUACGAAAAAAAUAUCGGCAAAUUGAAUUAGUUAGUAAUUAAAUAUAACAAUAUAGUCAGUACCAGAUUGUAUAUCUAUAAAAUUGUUCAUCAAUUCAUCAUUGAAAUCAAUGACACUGAUACGAAUUGAAUAAGAAAAUUAUGCAAUUUUUAAUACAAAAAAAAAUAUUCUUUUUAAUACUUUUAUUAUAAAAUGAAUAAAAUUAAUCUCUUAGUUGAAUCAUUCCGCGCAUUCAUUGUCAAUAUUUAUCACUAUCAUUAUUAAGAUAACAAUAAUAACAAAUUAAGUCU